AUGACGGACUGCAUCAAGUGGUACAACGCCGUGCUCCUCGAUGAGGUUGUUCCAAAGAAGAACCUGUCAGAGUUCAAACUUCCCGAUGCCACCAAGGAUCUCGUGUUCAUGGCUAAGCUAACGGAAGAGGCGGAGCGGUACGACGAGAUGGUACAAUGCAUGCGCAAGUUGGUGAAGAUGAACAGCGAACUUGACACAGAGGAGCGUAACCUGCUCUCGAUGGCGUACAAGAACGUUAUCGGUUCCCGUCGCAAUGCGUGGCGCAUCAUUACUUCUAUUGAGAACCGCGAAAGCACCAAGGAGAAGAGUGACAAUAUGGAGUUGAUCGUCUCACUUCGCCGCGAAUUUGAGGCGGAACUAGCGGCGGUUUGCGACGACUUACUGUCACUGCUUGACACGUACCUAAUCCCUGCUUCCCAGGGAGGUGAAGCGAAGGUAUUCUACCUUAAAAUGAAGGGCGACUACCACCGCUACUACGCCGAGAUCGCACCGGAAGGUGAUCAGCGGCAGCUUGCACUCGACGCCUACGCCAAGGCCACGGAGGUGGCGAACAGUUCACUGGCACCCACACAUCCAAUUCGCCUCGGCCUUGCACUAAACUUCUCUGUCUUUUACUAUGAAAUCAUGAAGGAACAUGAGAAGGGGUUCCACCUCGCACGGCAGGCAUACGAUGAGGCCGUGACAGAGCUGGAAACGCUUGAUGACGAGGCCUACCGUGAGUCAAACCUCAUUGUUCGUCUCCUCCGAGACAACCUCAACCUCUGGACUGACGAGCAACCCGUGAACUGA